AUGGUCGGACUCGGUCCUAAGCACCCGCCGUCCCGCAAGGGUUCGAUGCACGAUUUGCCGCAAAAUCUCUUGAAGCAGAUUAAAGACUUUGAAGAAUACUUCACUGUGGACCAGGCCAAGCUCAAGCAGAUUGUGGCCCAUUUCGUCAAGGAGCUUGAGAAGGGUCUAACCGUCGAGGGCGGCAACAUCCCAAUGAACGUCACUUGGGUUAUGGGCUUCCCCGACGGUGAGGAACAAGGUACUUUCCUGGCUCUCGACAUGGGUGGCACCAACCUGCGUGUUUGCGAGAUCACCUUGACCGAUGCCAAGGGCGCCUUCGAUAUUACCCAGUCCAAAUACAAGAUGCCGGAAGAGCUCCGGACCGGUACUGCCGAGGAACUGUGGGAGUACAUUGCCGAUUGCUUGCAGCAGUUCAUCGAGGUCCACCACGGAGAUGAGAACCUCGCUAAGCUCCCGCUGGGUUUCACCUUCUCCUACCCGGCUACCCAGGAGUACAUUGACCACGGUAUCCUCCAGCGAUGGACCAAGGGAUUCGAUAUCGAUGGCGUCGAGGGCGAAGACGUUGUUCCUCCCCUGGAGACUAUCCUGAAGAAGCGGGGUCUGCCCAUCAAAGUUGCUGCCUUGAUUAAUGACACCACCGGUACCCUUAUUGCUUCUUCCUACACCGAUCCCGACAUGAAGAUUGGCUGCAUCUUCGGUACUGGCGUGAACGCCGCAUACAUGGAGAACGUUGGAUCCGUACCUAAGAUUGCGCACAUGGGUCUUCCUGCUGAUAUGCCAAUCGCUAUCAACUGCGAAUAUGGUGCCUUUGAUAACGAGCGUGUGGUGCUCCCCCUGACCAAAUACGACGAGAUCAUUGACCGCGACUCUCCCCGCCCUGGCCAGCAGGCAUUCGAGAAGAUGACCGCCGGUCUCUACUUGGGUGAGAUCUUCCGUCUGGCUCUCGUAGACAUCCUUGAUUCGGACCCUGGCCUCAUUUUCAACGGCCAGGAUACCUCCAAGCUGCGCAAGCCAUACUUGUUGGACGCUUCGUUCCUCGCCGCCAUUGAGGAAGACCCUUAUGAGAAUCUGUCGGAGACCGUGGACCUCUUUGACCGCGAGCUUGGCAUCCGUCCCACACAGCCCGAGCUGGAAAUGGUCCGUCGUCUCGCCGAGCUGAUCGGUACCCGUGCUGCUCGUUUGUCUGCUUGUGGCGUUGCUGCCAUCUGUACAAAGAAGAACAUCGACUCCUGCCACGUCGGUGCUGAUGGCUCCGUCUUCACCAAAUACCCCCACUUUAAGGCCCGCGGUGCCCAGGCUCUGCGUGAGAUCCUUGAUUGGGCUCCUAACGAGAAGGACAAGGUUACUAUCAUGGCCGCUGAGGAUGGAUCCGGUGUGGGUGCUGCCCUGAUUGCUGCCCUGACUCUGAAGCGCGUCAAGGCCGGCAACUUGGCUGGUAUUCGCAACAUGGACGAUAUGAAGACUCUGCUUUAG